AUGGAUGAAACUAAUAAUGUUGUAGCCGACAUCGAUGUUAAUAAAUCUAAACAAAUUGAACGACGUUACGAAGACUAUAGAAGGAAGAGAAAGCGUCCUUGUAAAGCGCCGGUGAUCCCUACGAUGGAAUCAACUAGCGGAGACACGGCCACGGCAUCACACGGUUUUAUAUCGGUGAUUGGACGGAGGAGGGUGAUGGAAGACGCUAUCAAGGUGGUUCCUCGUUUUAUGGCUGCGGAACAACAACCGUGUGGAUACGAUUUCUUUGCGGUUUAUGAUGGACACGGUGGGUCGACGGUGGCGAAUGCUUGUCGUGAUAGGUUGCACUUGUUGUUGGCGGAGGAAGUGAAGGAGGGUAGAGAUCAUGGAUUGGAUUGGUGCAAAGCUAUGUGCUCUUGUUUCAUGAAGAUGGAUCGUGAAAUUGGAGUCGGUGGUGGUGGUAGUGAUGAUGUUGAUGCGAACAACGUGGGUUCUACGGCGGCUGUGGUGGUUGUUGGGAAAGAGGAGAUCAUUGUGGCGAACUGUGGUGACUCAAGGGCGGUUUUGUGUAGUGGCGGUGUAGCAGUUGCACUUUCACGUGAUCAUAAGCCGGAUCUUCCAGAUGAAAGAGAGAGGAUUGAAGCAGCGGGUGGAAAAGUGAUAAAUUGGAACGGGAGUCGCGUUCUAGGAAUUCUUGCUACUUCUAGAUCCAUAGGGGACCAUUGCAUGAAGCCAUUUGUGAUAUCUCAACCAGAGAUAAACGUGCAUGGAAGAACAAAAUCGGAUGAGUUUGUUGUGGUGGCAAGUGAUGGUCUUUGGGAUGUUGUAUCAAACAGUUUUGUUUGUGAAGUUGUUAAAAGCUGCCUUCAAGGUCAUAUGAGGAGGCAUAAUAGUGAUAAUGUAAAAGAGGCUCUCACUAUUGAAGGUUAUGCAGCUGAGGCUGCUGCAAUUUUAGCUGAAUUGGCUAUGUGUAAGGGAAGCAAAGACAACAUCAGUGUUAUAGUCAUCCAACUCAACAACACUAACAUUUGA